AUGCAAUUUGCCAAGCUCGAUGACUCUCCUAUGUUCCGCAAGCAGGAAACGAAGUGGUUCCCUUCGUGCGAUUCUCUGUUUUCUUGUAAUAGUUCUGGGCCUGCUGUUUCCGUUCAUAGAUUUAUGGUAUGUACUUCUGCCACGCGUAGUGAGGGAAGUUCCGGAAUCUGGAAGUGA